AUGCUGUACCAGUGUUUGAUCGCUGCUUUCUUCGUUGCACAAGGGUUCGCCCUCGACCCGCGCAUCACCAACGGAGAGACUGCUGUCCCCUACAAGUACCCAUACCAGGUAUCUGUCCAAUGGGGACUGCCACCUUUAAUUAAAUACCGUCACAUCUGUGGGGGCUCCAUCAUCCACCCCAGAUGGAUCCUGACCGCUGGCCACUGCAUCACCGAAAUCCCCAAGAUUGGACGGUUGCAGGUCAGCGCUGGGAAGCACAUUAUCAACAAGGAUGAGCCUGGACAGGAGAACCGCGUCGUCACCCUCAGAAUGGCCCAUCCCAACUACCCAGGAGGUAUUGCCCAACACGACAUUGGUCUCCUCCGUCUGAAGACCCCCCUGACCUACAACAGUCACGUCCAGCCGGUCGCCCUCCCCGCGCAGGCGAAGCAGCACACCGGCGAGACCGUCCUCACGGGCUGGGGUUCCGUCUCCACCGGAAUAAUUCCCAAGCUCCCCGCGGAACUACAGACCGUUCAGGUCCCCAUCGUCGACUACGACGCCUGCCUGAAGUCCUUCAAGGAGGCCGCCGGCAAGGUCGAGCUCUUCGACACGCAAGUCUGCACUGGACCAGUCGGCGGAAACAUUUCCGCCUGCUCCGGGGACUCGGGCGGUCCACUCGUUCAGUUCGACGCUGAUGGCAAACCCGAACAAGUUGGAAUCGUCUCCUGGGGGGUCUACCCAUGCGGAGUCGCUGGAACCCCUUCUGUCUACACUCGCGUCUCCUCUUAUGUCGAUUGGAUCAAGUCGACGGUCAACGUUUAA